AUGGAAAAAGAUACGAGUGAAAAUGCUACGAGCCAGGAAUUAACGGCGGAGGACUCGGAUUUAGAAGCGCUAGGAAAUGAAAUUGCUCUUGAGAAUCUACGUAUAGCAGUAAACCUUCAAGUGACUGUACCUCAGCAUCCUAUUGUUGUCCGAAAUAGGAACUUGUGCGAACUUUCAAAAGCGAAGAAACUCGACAUACCGGUACUGAAAGUAGCUGAGCUGAGAGAAAUGUGCGAAAGUCUUCAAUUAGAGAUCUCUGGUUCACUAGCGAGAAAGAAAUCAUUUAUUGAACCCUUAAAUCCAUACGCUAAAUGUUUCACCUGUUUCACGCGUGCGGAAAAUGAGCGUUAA